AUGACCAUCCAGCCCUCAGAUCUCACCCCAGAACUUGUCACAAACAUCCGUUCGUCCACCUUCACUGUGACAGCCGAUGAUGGACUUAAAAUCUAUACCAAGCGCUGGCAUGUUCCUGAACCUACCAAACGCACCGCUGUCCUCUUGUUCAACCAUGGGUUCGGGUCCCGCGUCGAUAACGCAGAUAACUUUAUGCCCCACUUAGCACGCCUCGGAUUCGAGGUUGUACUCUUUGAUCAACGCGGUGCCGGUAAAACGUCCCCGGGACCGCUCUACGCUCUCACUGAUGACACCCACGUUUACGCUGACCUCGACCGUGUUCUUGAGGCUGUGUGGGAACUCAAUGAAACUGAAAAUACGCCAGAGGUACCCCUUGUUCUUUGGGGGACUUCAAUGGGUGGUGGAAUUAUUCUUAACUACGGAAUCAGGGGGAAAUACCGCGAACGCGUGGCAGGGUACGCGGCCUUUGCACCUCUUGUCACUGUGCACCCGACAUCACGACCAGGAGUACUGACACGGGCAGUACUAGCAGCAGCAGCAGCAGCUUGGCCCACACUGCGACGCCGCGCCGGGCUCAAGCCUGAGCAUAUGACUCACGACGCGCACUACCUUGAGCUUUUCCGGGAGGCAGCGGCAUCGACUGCAGCCGAUGCUCCUGGGGUUUUUAGUGUAAGAAUGAUGCAUGAUAUGUUGGUACGUGGAGAACGGUUAGAAGAUGCAGAGUAUGUGGGUGGAUUUGUUGCAAGACCCGUAGGUGUGUUUCAUUCAGAAACAGAUAAGGUGAAUGAUUAUGCAGGAGCACGCACUUUCUUUGAGCUGUUGCCGGACCGGGUCCCGGUUAAGAAGUUUUAUACGUAUGAGGACUCUGGGCAUGCAUUGAUGCGUGAGACUUUGGACCGGGUAGCCCAGGUGGUUAGUGAUUUGGUAGAGUUUGUUGAGCUUGUUGAGUCUGAGUAUGACAAGACCAAAAGCACGUGA